AUGAUGAAACUUAAAUCCUCUUCCUUUUCUGGGUCCUGUGUGAGCUUUCUUCUUCUACAAGUGAUGACAUCAACUUCAGAAAACUGGACAGUAACCAUUCUCACGAGACACUUGGUGGCUACAGUAAGAGGACAUGCUGAGCUCAGCUGCGAGUUGUCCCUACCACGAAGUGCAGAGCGCAUGGAGGUGCGCUGGUUCAGAGGGGACAAUUCCAAACUUGUUCACCUGUACAGGGAUGGCCAUGAAGUGAAUGGAGACGCUGCCCCUGUGUAUGUAAACCGCACAGAGUUUGUGAAAGAGGCCAUUAGACAGGGCAAGGUGACUCUCAGACUUCGUAAUAUCAGUGUUUCUGAUGAUGGAUCAUAUCAGUGUUCAUUUAAAGGUAAUGGCAUCAGUGAUGUGGCCAGCAUGAAUCUGAGCAUAGCAGCAUUAGGCUUGGAAACACAAAUCCAUCAAGCUCCUGGCACUGAGGGACUCACGGUGGACUGUAACUCAGGAAGGUGGUUCCCAAAGCCCCAGACGGAGUGCAGAGACAGCAGAGGAGAGAUAGUUCCACAUUCAUCAAAAUCCUAUUCACAGGAUGGAGCCAGAUUGUUUCACAUGAAGAUGACUCUUGUCCUUAGAAACCAGUCAUGGGGCAACAUGACUUGCUACAUUUGCAGUCCUCUAACAGGUGAAGAGAAAUGAAUAAAUAUCAUCCUGGCUGGUGAGUUCAUAUAUUUAUGGGUGUUAAUUGGGAACUAG